AUGGAGCCAGUCUUCCGAGGGAUUGAAAACCUGUCUGGACAGGACAAAGAUUUGUUCAAUCAGUUUGGACGCGGACAGACCAUCCCCCGCCCCUUUACCCUCAUCCACAAGGCCUUCGAGCACUUCGCAGACAUUCAGCCAAACCAAGCAGCAGCCACCCACAAUGGCGAGACCAUUACCUACGGCAUGCUUGACUGCGAGGCCAAUUGCCUUGCCAACCUCCUGGUCCAGCAGGGGCUCCAGCCGCGCCAGCGCGUCUGUGUUGUCGUUCAACGCUCCAUCCCCAUGCUCAUAGCCAUUCUUGCUGUGCUCAAGACCGGAUGCCAGUACAUCCCCAUUGAUGGUGGAGUCGUCACAGAGCAGAUGUUGUCUCACAUUUUCCGAGACACCCAAGCACCUGUCAUUCUUUGUCUGAAAAAGUUCGAGGAAAAAGUUAAGCGAAUGGCGGCUUACGAUCAGCAAAUCUGCGUCAUUGACGACGCCCAGCCAGCCACAUCUGCCGAACGGCUUGAUGUGGCCGUGGAUGAGAAGGAUGGAGCGUACAUCAUCUACACUAGCGGGACCACUGGCAUGCCCAAGGGCGUUGAUGUCGCCCACGGGAACGUCACCAACACUCUGUGCCUGGCGCCAGCCAACCUUCAGAUCGGCCCCGGUAGCAGAGUAUGCCAGGUGCUCAAUGUUUCAUUCGAUAUGGCAGCCUGGGAAAUCCUCGGCUGCCUGAUGAAUGGCGGUACGCUGGUUCUGCGCACUUCUGACUGGGCUGCGUGCCUCCGUGAGGCCGACACUUUCAUUGGAACUCCGUCCAUCUUGGGUAAAUACCGGAAGUCGGAUUACCCAAACCUGAAGACGAUUGCUGUCGGAGGAGAACGGUGCCCACAGUCGCUGGCUGAUGAGUGGGCUGUCAACACCACUUUUGUGAACAUCUGUGGUCCGACAGAAAUCACAAUCCUCAACACGGCUCACAUCCACACGCCGGGAGAGGAGCUGAGCAUCGGGAAGCCCAUCCCCAACACGACCGUCUACAUCCUCGAUGAAGACGAGCAGCCCGUCCCUGUCGGCGAAGUUGGAGCCAUGUGGGUCGGCGGCGAGGGUGUGUCUCGCGGUUAUCUCAAUCUUCCAGACCUGACGGCGUCGCGGUUCAAGCGGGAUCGCUUCGCGGACGAUGGAAGCAUGAUGUUUAACACGGGCGAUCUCGUUCGUUGGCGGGCCGACGGCUCGCUAGACAUCCUUGGUCGUGCGGACGACCAGGUGAAGGUGAAGGGAUUCCGCGUCGAGUUGGAUGGGAUUUCUUCGACAAUCGAGAAAUUCUCCGGCAUCGAGAAAGCCUGCACUCUCUUGAUCGAUGGCGCGCUUUGGGGCUUUUAUGCUGCACGCACCGAGGUAGACGCAGACGCGGUGGUGGAGCACACGCAAAACUUCCUGCCGUACUACGCUGUCCCGUCAAAAUGGAUUGCGGUCCCCGGCAUGCCCCUUACGGCUAACGGCAAGAUUGACAAGAGACACUUGAAAGAAUUGGCAGCCCAGCGCUCCCCAGCUCAGCUUCCAGAUACUCCGCCGGAAACUCCUCCAGAGUCUCUCAGACUUGCCGACUCCAAGGAUCCGGAGAAGGGUGUCAUCGUCACGGCUACAUCGCGCUCGUCUUCGUCGCCAAGUUCGCUCAAAGAGAAAGAGGAGGAUCCGUUCGCUCUCCCGGAGAAGAAUGGUUUCCACGGCGAACGCUGGCUCCGCCACCGCUUCUUCUCGCUCUACAGGCGCUUCUUCUCGAUCGUGUGGAUUGCAAACCUUAUCCCUGUCAUCGUUCUCGCGUCGAACUACUGGAAAACCAACACGCUCAGCCUGCAAAGCAUGACGACGGCCACAGCCGCCAACCUGACCUUCGCGGUGCUGAUGCGCCAGGAAUACGUCAUCAACCUUCUCUUCAACCUCGCCACAGCCGUCCCGACGUCGUGGCCGCUCUGCAUCCGGCGGCAGUGCGCGCGCGUCUUCCACAUCGGCGGCCUGCACAGCGGGUGCGCCAUGAUGGCGACGGCGUGGUUCACCGCGUUCACCAUCUGCGCGACGCGCUACUACGCCAUCCACGAUCCCAACGUCCCCAUCAGCCUCGCCGCCAUCGUCGUCUCCUACCUCGUCGUCGCGCUCCUCCUCGCCAUGAUCGUCCUCGCCUACCCGGCCCUCCGCCAGAAACACCACGACUCGUUCGAGCUCGUCCACCGCUUCGCCGGCUGGACCGCGCUGGCCCUGAUCUGGGCGCAGACCGUGCUAACAACCGCCUCUCUCCGCGGAUCCGUCCCGCUCGGCCGCGCCCUCGUCACCAGCCCGGGCUUCUGGCUCGUCGUCGUCAUCACCAUCUCCAUCGUCCUGCCGUGGACGCGUCUCCGCAAAGUCCGCGUCGUCCCCGAGAAGCUCUCCGACCACGCCAUCCGCCUCUACUUCGACUACACCGACACCGUCCCCGGCACCGCCGUGCGGCUCUCCGAGCGGCCCCUCGUCGAGUGGCACGCCUUCGCCACCAUCAGCGAGCCGGGCAAGCGCGGCUUCUCGCUCGUCGUGUCCAACGCCGGCGACUGGACCAAGCGCCAGAUCGAUCGCUGCCCGACCGAGCUCUACGUCCGCGGCAUCCCGGCGUGCGGCGUGCUGCGCAUCGCGCCGCUGUUUAAAAGCGUCGUGCUGGUCGCGACGGGGAGUGGGAUUGGGCCGUGUUUGCCGGUGAUUCUGGCGAAGAGGGUGCCGUGUCGCAUCUUUUGGUCGACGCCGCAUCCGGAGAAGACGUUUGGCGAGGAGAUUGUGCGGGCUGUCUACGAUACGGAUCCGCAGGCCGUGGUGCACAAUACGCGGACGAUGGGGAAGCCGGAUAUGGUGGCCAUUUCGUACCGGUUGUGGAAGGAGAGCGGGGCCGAGGCCGUGUGCAUCAUUUCGAAUAAGAAGUUGACGCAGAAGGUCGUGUAUGGGAUGGAGGCGAGGGGGAUUCCGGCGUACGGGGCGAUUUUCGAUUCGUGA